GCCGCAACUUGUCACAAUAGUGUGUUAUAUAAGGAAGUAGCCAUUUAUACUUCUACUUCAGACACAUGAAUUCAAAGGUAACAAUCACAGAUUUUUAACAAUUUUAAGUGCUGUUAUUACUAUGUAAGGAUGUACAGGCACAUGCUGUAUUCACUUCUUCAGCGAAAUGGAAUGGUGAGACGAAUCUGUUUGUCGGAUAAAACGUCCCAAGUAGUCAAUCGAUUUGGAUGUUUUUUGUUUGCCUCAGUCACACCAAAACGACUGUGGAAAGGUCUUGAUGCUUUUCAUAUUUAUCUGUGUGGUUGAUAUAAUGCAUUGCAAAUGUAUUUAUACCACUUGCACUUAUAACCAGAAACUUUUAUGUCUUUUAUUGGGAUUUUAUGUGAUAGAUCAACACAAAAUAAAGGGUUUUCCAAAACAUUUACAAAUAAAGUUCAGAAAAGUCUGCUAUGGGUUUGAGUUUAGUCAAAUGGUAAUGUGCCCUCCCUGCCUUGGUCCUUCUGACUUGUGGCUGCUGCCUGCUCUGCGUGUUGGGGGCUCUGGUGGAUCUCCCCUGCUUGGUGCUGGGUGGUCUUACUGCCGGGGUUGGUGAGGGCCAAGGGCCAACGGGAGUACUAGGUCUUUGGCUUGGAAUGCAUAGCUUGAUACGAUGGCGCUGCUGGGUCGGGGGUUGGGGGGUCUGGGUGCACUACACCCUGUAGCCUUGGGGCUGCUGCUUCUCUCUCUGUUUGCCUAGGUCUGAUGCAGCCUUCCAGAGCUGAGUCCACCUGUCCUUUGCACCUAAGGGUGACAAUCUUGCUCACAUACACCUACUGAUCACAAACACAGUUAACUGACACACAGUCCAAAUGGUUGAAGGUCAUGCCUGAAAUGAUGUGACAGGACACGUGAUAAAAGAAGUAGCAGUUUGACAACUUGGUCUUGGCAUUACACGAUAUCCCAAUGAAAUACAUUGGAGCUUGUCGUUUUAAUUUGACACCACGUGAAAUGUCUAAGAGAUGUGAAUACCUCUGCUGUAUGAGGUCAGUUCAGGUGUUAAUAAUAAUAUAUAGAGGACGCACAGCAAAUUUAAAUAGCGUAGCUUUGACAUAAAUAAAAGUGGCAGUUUUAGUAUAAAAAUCUGCCUAUGGCACAAUUAAUCAAGAACCCCAUAAAACUAUGUUGAUAGCAAAUUCGUUUGAAGUCUAUAUUUGGUUUCAAAAUAAAAUGCCCGCUCUUAUUACUCUGUGAAAUAAAUCUUAGCUGAGUUGUAAAAAAAAAAUCCGCCAAUCGUGCCCCUCAGACGCAUGGAGAGGCGUGUCUCGGACUGCGCUUAAAAUUAAGUCUAUGCGUUUCUGAAAAGCAGAGUUCGCUUGGAUUCUGAACCCAGCUGGAUCCUUUAUCAUAUAAAGGAGUCAUUUUUGUGUUUUUAAAUACAGGUUAUAGAUUUGAGGUUUACACAACGACGUUGUGCUGAUCUGAAUCUUUUAUGGUACCUGGAGAACGAAUUUGUGCCACACUGGAGCUUUUUGGUGCGCGCAAGGCGAUCCACAGGGCAGUAUAGAGAGGAGAUUCAGCCUUUUCCUGAACGUAUGUCCUCACAUGACCUGAAUACAAAUAUAGCAUAAGCAGGUGGUGCAUGAGUUGCAUCAGUCUCUAAUUUACCCGAUAGGCGUGUGGUUAGUGUGGAGAGUCACCUCGGAGCAGCAGCAGUGCGCACUCUUCCAUCUGACGUGGAUCUGCUCCCUGCCGGUGUUUUGCAUAGCUAAACCAUUAAUAUCCUGUCCACUGGCCUUAGUUUGAAGAGCAAAAACUUUUUAUUUCUGUAUUUUUUUAGUUUUUUUGUUGCAUUGACUCUCCGAUCCAAUAAUGAUGACUGAGAACAAUGAGAUGGAGGGCGACUCGCAGCUCCAGCGCUCCUCAAACAACAUGCCCAUCCAGCCGAUGACAUCCAAGCUCCAGAGAUUGAAACGCUCCCUGUCCUUCAAGACCAUGAUGCGCAGCAAGAGCGUGGAGAACUUCUUUCAGAGAUCCUACAGUGAUGCUCGCUUGCCCGCAGACUUUAUCACAGACCCACCGCCACCCUCCCCCCCUCUGCCACCCGGUUCCCCUCUCGUUGGCGAACGCUCGCCCUCCAUUUCGCCAUCUCUUAGCCCCAACCCCUCCAUCUGUUCCCACUCACCGUCUCUCAGCCUUUCCCCAUCACUACCUGCCAAGCCCCCCCGAGCUCAGAUUAACCACUACUUUCAGGACCACACCUUUCGGAAGCCCACCAAUUGCCAGCACUGCAAGCAUAUGAUAGUGGGAAACUCCAAACAAGCUCUUUGGUGUAAAACGUGCAAGAUGGCUGCUCACCUGUGGUGCACGUCAGAACUCUCACAGCAGCAGUGCCAUGGAAAGUCUGGAGCAUUCAAGCGAAACUUCAGUUCGCCGAUGCUCGUCAAUGACCAAUUGGCUGUCGUCAAGGACGUUCGGCCAAGCCAAGUUUCAGAAGCUGCGCGGAUGCGUGUAGACCCUGUGUAUGCUGCCUUGCGCUACGGGACGUCCUUGGCACAGAUGAGCCGUUCCAGUUUUGGCAGUUUAUCAGAAUCACCAACACGCAGCUUGGGAGAGGGAGAUGAGGAGAGUCAGGAGAGACAGUGCAGCAUGGAGGAGGAGAUAACUCAGGAAACAGGGGAUAUCAUCUCAAUCCUUCCAGAUGCCCCUUUCCCAGAGAAAGAGUUGGAGAAGGAGGUAGAGCAGAGCAAUGAGCAAGCUGAGAUUCCUGCAGAGGACAGCAGUGCAAAGGUGCCCAAACGCAUUGAAGUUCACUCCAUCCACACCUAUGUAGCGCUGUACAGGUUCCUGCCUCAGGAGCAGAAUGACCUGGAACUACAUCCAGGCGAUCGGGUGCAGGUCACAGAUGACUCUAAUGAGGAGUGGUGGAAGGGCAAAAGUGGUGACAGAAUUGGCUUUUUCCCUGCCAACUUUGUGCAAAGGGUCCGGCCAGGAGAGCGGGUCUGGCGGGUCGUCCAGGGUUCUCCCGGGAAUAGAGAAAAAGGACACAUGGCAGUAAGGGAGUCCCAGAUUUGUGUUGGGAAGAGAGAAGAUGGGGAAAUGUUUCUGAAGCUGAGCAGUGGAAAGAAGAGAGGCCUGGUCCCUGCCGACUCCAUAGAGGAGAUCUGAACAUUAUUUCACUUUUACACUCAGAUUCAAACUGUCAGCACCACACUCUGCCCCCUCUCUGGAGAAAUGACCAUCUAAGCCUCUGAAACUGCAAAAGAAAACACACACUCCUACAAAGAUCCAACACUGCCAUCUCUGAUAAACAUUUGUUUUCUGAGAGAAUUUAUUGACCGCUGUCCUGCUCCUAAGAAUGUUGGGUGACUCAACAUUUAGAAAAAGGGAAGCAGAGGUAAAUGUGGCUUCAAAUAUUUGGAUUACAUUUAGUUUUGCUCGUCAAAAACACUUCUGCAAUUGUGGGAGGAAGAUGUAUCCUGUUACAGGAACAUCCU